AUGUGUCUUUCUGUCUCUGUCUCUGUCUCUGUCUCUGUCUCUGUCUCUGUCUCUGUCUCUGUCUCUGUCUCUGUCUCUGUCUCUGUCUCUGUCUCUGUCUCUGUCUCUGUCUCUGUCUCUGUCUCUGUCUCUGUCUCUGUCUCUGUCUCUGUCUCUGUCUCUGUCUCUGUCUCUGUCUCUGUCUCUGUCUCUGUCUCUGUCUCUGUCUCUGUCUCUGUCUCUGUCUCUGUCUCUGUCUCUGUCUCUGUCUCUGUCUCUGUCUCUGUCUCUGUCUCUGUCUCUGUCUCUGUCUCUGUCUCUGUCUCUGUCUCUGUCUCUGUCUCUGUCUCUGUCUCUGUCUCUGUCUCUGUCUCUGUCUCUGUCUCUGUCUCUGUCUCUGUCUCUGUCUUUCUCUAUCCUGGUCUUCGAUACCAGACUAGAAUUGCGUCAAGAUGA